GAGGACCGAAGGCGGGGGCUGCGGCUGUCAGAGGAGCGGAGCGCUCGCCGGAGGCUCUGGCUGGAUCCGCUUGCAGGUGUCGCCGCACCUCUGGCCAUGAGGACCCUGUGGAUGGUGCUGUGCGCUCUGGCGCGGCUGUGGCCCGGGACCCUGGCUGGCUGCGCAGAGGUCGGCCGCUGCUGUCCUGGCCGGGACCCGGCCUGCUUCGCCCGCGGCUGGCGGCUGGACAGGGUUUAUGGAACAUGCUUCUGUGACCAAGCCUGCCGUCUCACCGGGGACUGCUGCUUCGACUACGACAGGGCGUGCCCAGCUCGCCCUUGCUUUGUGGGAGAAUGGAGUCCCUGGAGUGGCUGCGCAGGUCAGUGCCAGCCCACCACGCGUGUGCGCAGGCGUUCGGUGCAUCAGGAGCCACUAAACGGAGGGGCUCCCUGCCCACCCCUGGAAGAGAGAGCCGGCUGCUUGGAGUACUCCUCGUCACAGGGCCAGGAUUGCGGGCACGCCUUUGUUCCUGCCUUCAUAACUAGCUCUGCCUUCAACAAGAAGAGAAUAAUACAAGCUGUAUAUCCACAGUGGUCUACACACACUGAGGGUGCUGGAUAUUGUAUGGAGUUCAAGACAGAGUCCCUGACUCCUCACUGUGCUCUGGACAACCGUCCCCUCACUCGAUGGAUGCAGUAUCUCCGGGAAGGAUACACAGUGUGUGUGGACUGUCAGCCUCCAGCUAUGAACUCUGGAAGCCUGCGUUGUUCUGGAGACGGUCUGGACUCUGAUGGAAAUCAGACUCUUCGCUGGCAAGCCAUCGGCAAUCCUCGAUGUCAAGGAACCUGGAAAAAAGUGCGUCGAGUAGAACAGUGCUCAUGUCCAGAUGUGCACCGCUUCAUUUUUAUAUAGAGCCCCGGGAGCUACUUCACAGCACGCUUGUGAAUGGGCUGAGUAUUGACCAGUUGUGUUCAAAGCUUCAGAAGCCUCCGGAGCUGUGCCAAGGACCUAGAUACUUGCCAUUGCUACGCUUUGCCACUGAGAAAGAAAACUUAGGGACAGUUUUCAAGAUAGAUCAUAGUCUCCUUGUUCUUAUGAGUUAAGAACCCAUAUACUAAAAGCUCCUAUGGCCUGUAGACUUUGACCUUACAUUUGGUUACAGUAUACAUGUCUGUACUAGAAUCACCACCAUGCGCUCCAGUUUGGGGCAAAUUGUUGUUUAAGGCACCUAUGUUCUUUCUCUGUCUCUCUCUCCUCCCUCCCUCCCUCCCUCCCUCCCUCCCUCCCUCCCUCCCUCCCUCCCUCCCUCCCUCUUUUAAAAUUAAAGACAGGUUCUCAUUAUACAGCCUAGAACUCACUAUGUAGACAGACUGGCCUCUAAUUAAUAGGUAUCUGCCUGCCUCUGCCUCCUGAAUGCUGGGACCGAGGGCAUGUGAAACCAUGCACUGUUAUUCUUUGUGCCUAUUGCUUUUUGCCGGGAGUGGGUCAAGACAGUUUCUUUGUGUAGCUCUUGCCAUCCUGGAACUUGCUCUGUAGAUCAGGCUGGCCUCAAACUCAGAGAUCUGCCUGUUUCUGCCUCUUGACUGCUAGGAUUCAGGGCCCCUUAUACUUAAGAGCUUCUCACUUAAAAAAAUAAAAAUAAAAAAAUUAAAAAAAAACCAUACAUGUGAACUCUCACACAGAAAGUAUCAAUACUAUUUAUUAUUUUUAUAAGUUCUAAACUAAUUUCAAGUAAAUAAUCACAAAUAAUUUUUCACAGGGAAAGUUGUUAAAAUUCUAAAAGAUGUUUCAUAAUGAAAAGCCAAUACCCAUGCUAAAAACAUUUUUAAAGAAAAAAUUUUUUUUUGGUUAGCUGAAAAGAUCAAAUAUCCAUGUUAGAUCAAUAGGAAUUCCUUAAAGAGUUAAAAUUUUCAUGAAAUUCUGGCACCAAUGAAUGAGCCAACUGCUUCAAUUAUAAGCAUUCUAUCAUUGUUCAUAUCUAAGAUUUCCCAAAGUUUAGAGGCUGAAGACAAUCUUUUAAUGUCUGACUUCAUGUUUAGUUAAAGGUGCUUACUAGUUUUCUUCCUACAGCAGGUUUGAGGCAGAGACACACAGGGUAGGAAACACAGAUUUUCCUGCAAACGUAAUCAUCUCCUACACAGGCAAUAAAAUAUUAGCUUUACCCUUGGCUGGGAGACAGCUGAGUUUGUGGCCAAGUGGCAUGAUGUGCUCUCAGGCGUAGGAUGGCAAGCUAUUUCUCAGGCAUCUGCAGUCAUCUGUCCCAGCUUCCUCUCCUGGGACUCUACUUCAGUGACGAUCAUCACGACUAUGCCCAAGACUCCAUUAUAGGACCUCAGCCUGGUUUUGUUUUGAAGUAGGUUUUAAAUUGAGGAUAUUUUCGUUGAAGAAUUGAAUCAAUAUUUAAAUGGCAUAAUCCCUUUGGUGUGAAUCAAAUAACAUAAUUAUUCACUAACAUAGCUAACUAAAAUGCAUAUUUUUCGGUGCUGAUCAUGUAACCGAUGGCCAACAAGAAGCUUAAAGGGGUGGCAAAUGUCUCCUGAUGGUACUUCUGAUUGUAUUUUCUUUCCUUUCCUUUUCUUUUUUUUUUUUUUUUUUUGAGACAGGGUUUCUCUGUGUAGCCUUGGCUGUCCUGGAACUCACUCGGUAGAACAGGCUGGCCUUGAACUCAGAAAUCCGCCUGCCUCUGCCUCCCAAGUGCUGGGAUUAAAGACGUGUGCCACCACUGUCCGGC